GGUCCGUCCAUCUAUUGGGUCCCCUUACUCUUGGGUGUCGAUUAAACAAGCGGCUGCCCUCGGUGGGUUUCAGCACCAUUUUAGAAGAUCCAGUGUCAAGUUGAAGAACCUAGAUGAUGGCUAAAAUGCAGGAAACUUCUUUUGAGGUAGUUGGAGAAAUGAAGAACAAUAGCGUGCAUGAAGAAUGUUUGUACCUGGAGCUAUCCAACCACACAGGAGACAAGAUUUUGCCUCUCCACACAUCUAUUGUUUUAUUUUUAAUGUCCUACUGUGACUCCACAUCGAUUAAGGUGUUUCUUGUGCCUAAUGAAGACAUUGCUGGCGGUCCCUUGUGGAAGAAAGAAGCACUAGCCAACAUUCCCAUCAGCAUCCUUUCCCAGCAGGAGCUUCCUCCAGUGGUUCGGAGUUGCCGUUUGCCUGCUCUGGUGGAAAAGGAUGGGAAAUUUUGUCGCGCUGGCCUUGCUGUGGUAUUGAGACACAUUAUACAGAGGACUUGUGAUGCAGACUGCAAUAGGAAGGAUGUUUCAGAGCUGCUUGGCUUCAAAAAGACCUGUUUGAAGGCCUGUGCAGAGGUGAGCCAAUGGACCAGGCUGUGUGAGAUUAGCAUUCCGUUGGCUGUGGAAGGCUUCCUCAAAAAUUUGAGUGAUCAGAGAGCAGCUAUUCCGCCGGAGAUCCUGCACCUAGAGCACAAACUCAGGGAACCUGUUCGAGUUCAUAACGAUGACAAGAUUCGUAGGCAGAAGCUGCAGCUGUUAACCAAGGAAAGAAAGGAGGACUCAGUCGAAAAGGGAUUCGAACGAUCGCUUGGAUGUUACUCCGAUGAAGGGGCUGACACAACUCGAGAUUUAAAGAAGGAAAAUAAGGGUACAGAAUUGGGUAGCAUGGAGCUGAGGACAGCACUUUCUAAACUAACUGUGGAGCAAGUACCAGCUGCGACCAGUAGAGAGCAGUCCUGCAUCAGAAAAGUGAAAACGACUGACCUUCCACCACUGGAACGUGUAUUUGCUGAGGGGCUUUAUUUUACUCUCACAGAUGUGGUCCUAUUGCCUUGUCUCCACUACUUUUUUGUUUCUCUUGGGGAUUGUCGAGGCGAGAUGCUGAAAGCCUUGCCCAUGUUAGCCCGCUGGUACCAACAUGUUCAGGAAGUAUCUGGUGUGAAGAAGGCGGCUGCAAGCUGUGGCAUUCAUCUCCUCAGCCUCCCUGCUCCUUUGUCUUCUGCUGCCGUGCUGAUUCCAAGCUCCUGUGACCCCGAGAAUGAGAAGGCUGAAACCACAGACCUGCAUUUCCGAGGUGGCCCAAGGCCCACCAUGAACAAAUUAGAAGAGCACGGGAUUUCAGCAAAGUUCACAUCACACCCUUGUCCAUCGUGGAGCCUGGACUGGAGAAACCUUCCAGUAGCUGUCAAUCCCAUAGAAGGAAAGCUCUCAUUUGAGCGUGCCCUGAGGAAGCAGCAACAGUUGGACAACAUCAUCUCCAUUGUGGCAAAACUGGCCAAGCCUGGUGAUACUAUUGUCGAUUUCUGCAGUGGUGGGGGGCACGUUGGGAUCGUCCUUGCUCACAUCUUGCCAUUAUGCCAGGUGAUUUUAGUGGAGAACAAAGAGGAAUCCUUAGUGCGUGCCAAGGACAGACGUGACAACCUUAGUUUAAAUAACAUCUGGUUCGUCCAGGCUAAUCUGGAUUAUUUCACAGGACCAUUUGAGAUCGGUGUAGCACUUCAUGCAUGUGGGGUAGCAACGGAUAUGGUGAUUGAUCGUUGCAUUAAGGCACUAGCAGCCUUUGUUAUCUCUCCAUGCUGUUACGGCUUCAUACAGAACACGAUCAAGCCCACGUUCCCCAGAAGCCAAAAGUUCAAGAGCGUUUUGUCAUAUAAGGAACACAUGGUUCUGUGCAGGUUUGCGGAUCAGACAGCUGUUCAACUCCCUCCAGAGCGCAGGAUAAUUGGGAAGAAGUGCAUGGGACUGGUAGAUCUGGAUCGAGCCUGUUCAGCAGAGGAAUGUGGAUACACGGUCUAUGUGACAUCCAUGGAGCCAGACAGUUGUUCCCCAAAAAACAACCUGAUAGUGGGGAGUUCCUCAGGUCAUUGCCUCGGUGUAACUGCAUGAUGUCACAUACCCAGCAAUCAAAGCACUAGGACAACAAGAGAGCCAAGUUGUUUCACUGUGAUCUGCUUGUCAUCAGACCACCUCUCUAAAUUAUCUUGUUCAGUAGCAUACUGAGGCUUUGUGUAGUCGAUAUCCUGCAAAGCAUCCCUAAUCCAACAACUUCUUGUGCCCAAUGACUUUUGCUUAAUGGAAUGAGAUCCUCACACUUUUCUUGAAUGACUUAGAUGGAAAGUUCAGUUCUUGAUUAAUACAACAAACCUCCAGCACAGUUCGACCUUUUUUUAGCAAAUAGCAGUUAUCCAUGUACUUCAUACACGUGCCAAUCCUACCUUUGUGUUUAAUUAUGUUCUACUGAAAAUGAAAGUCACUGAACCAUCUAUGUGUAAUUGGACUGUACCAGGAAAGAAAUAUUUAGCUAACUUUUCCCCUUUUACUUCAUGUCACAAAGCAAGUCUACUUGGAUUGUAAAAUUCACACCGUUCUGGCUUAUUUAAAAUGGAGCCAGGAAGUAUUACCUCCUGCAACGUGAAAAACUGACAUUGUACUUGACAAAGUCACUGUUGAUGUAUUAUUGUGGCAAAAUUUCUGUUUUCUUGAUAAACUGCAUUCUUGAUGCCUCCAAAUAAUUCAACAAAAUUUAUACCGAUCUCAGUAUUUCAUCCUCUGCAACCAACACAAAAUAAUGCCAAAGGUGGAAUUGUCCAAUUGGCUGAAAAAAAAAUGUUACAGGUCUCACUACUGGAGAUGAAAUGAUUAAUUUAUUUAUUUUAAAGAAAAAGACUUAAAUCCCUUCCCUCCUAAUCUUUCUCAACUUCUAACCCCCACGUAUCAUUCUCCCUCUUAACGUUUGUAAAACCACUGUUUAUGUUGCUGCUUCCUCAGUCAUCAGGAUGUUCAAGACAUGUCCUGCAUGAGUAAGCAAGACCUACCUUACGCAUGUGAUUUUGAAUAAUGGGUUGUCCUGUGGCUUAAAGCCAUGGGUUAUAGUUUAAUCUUCUACAUGUAUUUCCAGCAGUUGUCUAGUUUAUUUUAGGUUUCCAGCAUUCUGACAUAACUUUUUAUCCUUCUCUUUUAUAUAGUCAUUUUCUUACACGAGUAUUAAAUUUCAUAUGACAAAAUCA